CCCUCCCACCAGCCCUGGAGGAAUAGAAGGCGGGGACGCGCAUUCGCGCGCUCUUUCUCUCUCGCCGCGGGGGCUGGCGUCUGAGCCCGCUGCCAGAACGAGGCUCCCCUGGGGGUUGCGAGGGCCCGUCUCCAGGGACGCCUGGGAGGCAUGUGAGGGGCUGCGGCGGCGGUGGCGGCUGCUGCUGCUGGGCGGAGAGGAGCCCCUCCCCCACCGCCCCCGCCCCUGACCUCGCCCGACUCCACCUGAGGAGAGGCCGGGGCGCCCAGCCCAUGCCGCUGCAGCGCUGCGAGAGGCGAUGCCAGGCCCUGGGCUGUAAGGGCUUGGCUGUAGACAAUGGAUCAUGUGAUGUGUCCUGGAUGGAAGCUGGAGGCAUGUAGAAUUUUCAAACUUCUGAAUCCUCCUCAGUUGUCCAGCAAAAAUAAUUAUUAGGCAGAAAAUGUUUGAGCAACCAAAACUACUUCGUAGGCCUCUGCCUCCAAAGCUGCUACCUGAACUGUCUAUGCCAAGGGAGAACACCUAUAAAGACAGGAUUCCUCAAAAAGACCAACCUGGAGUGAUCAGAAGCACAAAUGAUGAAGACAGUAAUAUUUUUUCCAGUAGUUAUUUCAGUGGUCAAACACAAGUCCAUCCCAAAGAUACACACUUCCUUCUUGAUCAAAAUCUAAAAAAGGAAUUGACUCUUACUGCUCCUUAUUGUUGUAUACCUCCUGACUGCCCGUUGCAGAAAGAUGGUAGAUCCUUGGACAUGGAGGUUCUAGCUCUCCCUAAGGAGAGUGACUCUGUUUAUUGGUCUUUACCAGACACUGCUGCUGCUGCAAGCACAACUGACAAGGAUAGAGUUACUCUUUCUGGCUAUUAUUCGAGCAGUCGAACAUCAGUCCAACUCAAAGUCCAAAAUCUUUUUCCUGAUCAAAUUCUUAAAGAUAUUAUUAUAACUCCAACUCCUAGUGGUCCUGCCAGCUUCCCAUUACACAAACGUCGUAAAUCCUUUCGCAGGCAGCUUCUUGGUUUACCGAAGGAUGAGCCUGCUUAUUUUACUUCACCAGAGUUUACCUUUGGGAGCUUAGCUGCAGUGUCCCCUUCUCACCCAUCACCUGUGAUGGCAACCUUUAGAAAGUUACAGCGAGAAACAGCUGGCUAUCAAAAUCUCACUACUCAGUUGACCAAUAAAGAGAGAAAGAGCAUACAGACUGAAGUUAACACAAUAGUAUUGUCUGAUAAUGAAGAGUUCCCAGUAAUUUCACGAAGAAAGCCUGAGAGACAGAGUAUCAUAGAAAUGGCUUUGGAGGAGAAAAUAAGAAAAUCUAACUCAUUGGAACAGAUUUUAGAAGAAGGUGAUGAAGGGGAAGAAUCUUAUAUGGACAGUUUAAAGCUGUACGCUCAUGGACAGAGCAAAAAAGUGUCCUAUUCAGAACCUGAUCGUGCCCUUGAUGAUGAUACUAUAAAGGGUAUCCAGGGAUUCGGGUACCAGAAUUUGUUAAGAGAUCAGGAUGAACAAGAAAAACUGAUGGCCAGGUCCAGAAUGGCAGUUUUAUACUGCACAAUCCAUAGAAGAAUUGAACUUAAUCUUAAGGGUUAUUUCCUGACUCUCCUUCCAGACCUGACACCUUUAGUCGACACUUUGGUGUAUCUUAACCUAUCGUUCAAUGACUUACACUUCUUUCCCAGGGAGGUAUAUAAUAUUAAAAACUUAGAAGUACUGAAGCUCCGAAACAACCCCAUCAAAGAGAUCCCUGAUGAUGUCCACAAACUCAAGACACUUAGAAUACUUAACAUGUCCUUCAAUUUACUAUCUGCCCUUCCCACUGGGCUGUUUUUAUUACCAUAUCUUAGUUAUUUGGAUGUUUCCUACAAUGAUAUUAGUGUUAUCCCUCAUGAAAUCAGGAAUCUCAGGGCACUGGAAUAUCUGAAUGUUGAAGGAAAUCAGCUGUGUGCUUUGCCUUGUGGGGUUUUGAAGCUUCCUGUGAAACUCCUUAACACAGAAAAUAAUUUGAUGCAUCCCUCUUUAUGGAAAGAAAACAGCCAGAACCAGCCACAGAGACUUACUGAUCUGGCUGCCCUUUACUUCUCCAGAAACCACAUGUGGCAAAGAUAUACUGAGAUCUCAAAGGAUAUUCAAGAAAUAUUAAACAACUGUAGAGUCUGUGACUGCUGCAAAGGACCCUUGUAUGGUCAAGGACUUCGUCUCAUUCGAUCUUGCAGGAACAUAUUUAGAUUCCGCAAACUUCCUUUUCUCUUUAAUGCCUGCUCACCUUCCUGUUACAGCAGGUACAUGUCUCAGACUGACUCUCAGACUUGAAUGCUUUAUGGAAAUUGAUCUGGGUUGCAGCAGAGAAACCGGUGAUAUAAUGCAGUUAAGAAAUAUGAGGUUUUUUAGGUCAUGUUGUACAAGAAAAUAGCUUGUGAUACUGGAGUGUUUGGGAUCACUUUCUCUGUGCAAUUAUCAUAUCCUCCUUAAUGUGCUUUCUGGCCUAAAUGUUCUAUUUUUAUUUGGAAAGGAGUCUUUGCCUGUUUAGGUUUGUUUGGGAUCACUCACUAGCCUUCUCGGAAGGAUUUUAAGAACUGCUUAUGCUUAGCUAUUAAGACAUGACAAGUUCUAUACAAAUAGCUUAAAUCCACAAUUCAUAACUUGCUUAUGUUUCAUUAGACACCAGUGAAUAAUUGAAUCAACAAUAUAGCAGGCCAAAUUCAUUGCCGUAUAAGCCAAGUGAAGUUUAUAAAUUGUACCACCGAUGAUUUUGGCCCCAUACUUCCUGGAGUAAUAAUUCAUAGAAGAGAAUUUUUUAAUCCUCUUUCACCCUACCAAUAGUACACCAUAUUAUAAAUUGGUUCUUAACAUGGUUUAAAAUUGGACAACAAAGUUUGUAUCCCUGUAACACAACGUUAACACCAUUCUAUAACGUUGUCCUAAAACCUUGUUCAAGCCCUGCUAGAGGAGUAGUCUCGAACAUGGUUCUAAUUCAGUGUUCAGUUCCACAAACACAUGCCAUUGGCCUUAGAGUGAAAUUGACCCAUGUGCAGAGAGCCAGUGCAAGCCCUUUGCACCACUUGAGAUCUGCUUAAGCCCUCAAAACAAAGCUUAAGUAGGAUUUAAAUGAUGCAUAGGACUUGGUGUUGGUCCUCUGCACAAGUCACUUUCAGCCUUAGUACUUACUGCUGCAAAGAGUUCCAUUCACAUACACGGGACUACUUGUGAUAGUAAGCAUUUGCAUUUGUCCAGGAGUAAGCAUUUGCAAGUUCAGGCUCUAGCGUGGGUCAUACCUUUCCAGGAACCAUGUCACUGUGCUGUGACACAGGGUAUAUUUACACAGCACUGGUAGACAAAAAUGUCUGCUCAGAGGGGGUAGGUGGGAUGGUUGUACUUAGGUGGCUGUCAUGAGCCACCUUCUGCUGUAUAGCAGCCACACUGCUAUGUUUAGCCUGCUAGCUCAAGCAGAGGUAACGUGUCUGUCUACCUGUUCUGGGAAGCGCCAUCCCAACUGCUGUGUAGACAUAGCCACAGUUCCCAGAGGAGUAGUUUGGCUGUAGUAGCCUGGUUUUGAUUUGAACUGAACAUGAUUAAACUAUACUAGCAAAACUGCUUUUUUCCACUGGUAUAAAAAGUGGUUUAAAGUGCUACACUAUCUGCCACAUACAAAACACUAAUUUGGCUAUUAGUAAUUGUUAAACGGCACAACUACAAAAAGGUGCCUCUUGAACAUGUCUUCAACCCAGACUUAAUAUACUGUUGAUAAUCCAGGUGCAGAGUUUAUAUGGGGGCUAAGAUUCUCAAAAACAACUAAUGAUUUUUUGGAUAACCAGCUGGAGACACCUCCAGGAGGCCUGAUUUUUCAGAAAGUGCUGAACAGUCACUCUGAAAAUCAGACCUCGUUAAAUUGUCUCAAGUUGGCACCCAAAAUCACUAGUUGCUUUUGGAAAUCUUAGCUGUAGUGCAUAUUUUAUUACAAAUAGCUUUGACAAAGGAAAUUCACACUAAAGUGAAGUUUGCUAGAUAGUGUUCUCAUUUAUUUGAACACGAGACAGACGCCAAUAAUCUAAUGUCUGGCUGAUUAUAGGUAUGUACAUUUUUGUAUAGUCCUUAAUUUUUUUUAAUGUCAAAAUCCAAGAUAGGAGCUUUCCAAAGGAACCCUGUAAUUUGUAUUUAAAGGAUGUUUGGGCUAUGUCUGCUUUUAAUUAUAUAAUUUGACAUUGUCAAAUACAAAACAUUGGUUGGUGGAAAAUGUUUAAUAAAAAAUUAAACUUGGGGGUCCGAAGAAAAAUUUGCUCUGCAAAUUUCAAAAGAUUAUUUAUCAGAUUUCCUAAGUAGGAAGUCUGAAUUUCUUCACCCUCAGUCACCAGUUUUGAUUUGAUGGGCUUGGGCUUGCUCUCCUUAAAAUGACUAGUAGCAGCAGCAGCAGCCGCCAAUAGGAACACAAGGUUUUGGUGGCAUCUGUAGAGAGAUCUUUUAUGGCUGAUGUCUUUCCAACAAGUCUCCUCUAUUUCAGAGAAGUAUAGUCACAGCAGAAAUGCUCAUAGUUCAGCAUUUCGCUCGUUUGAAGUUGUGAUAGUGUGUUUAUCCCACACAAAUCAUGAAGGGAUUAAUGUGGGCCUGAGACCAAUUUUAACCCACGUGGUUGUAACUGGAGAGUGAGCCAGACAUAAUUAGAGAAGAAGCCGAAUUGGGGAAGGAGCUGGGUUGUGGUUAUUAGAAAGGGAAGGAACCCACAGUAGAAGAAUGCUGCAGGGGGAGAAAAAGUAAGUCUGCAGUCACUUUCUGGCAUUAGAGAGACUAGGACAGUUGAGGAGUAAGCCCCGGGAUCCUUGCCUGUGUGUAGAGAAGGCUGGUAUGUGGCCAAGAGAGACAGGGAGCAGCCACGGGGGUGGAGCUGGUUCUAGAGGUAUGCCAUGAAAGAAAGCAGCAGCUGGUCUUCUAAGAAGAGAGUCCUGGGAGUCAAUCAAUCAGGGAAUACAGCAGGGUAACUGAAAGAGGGAUGAAAGUCAAGCCCAAGGAAGGCAGAAGUGGGGUUAAAUUUUAAUUGUGGGUUUGGGAUUUUGUUGGGGGAUUCCGGGUGAGGGCCCUGAAAGUAGGAAUAACCUAGAGAGGUAGUAGGGGAGAAAGCAUGAGUGAGACAUGGGAGGAAGAAAUCUAAGGUCUGGUCUGCACUAAGACCUAUGUUGGUAUAACUACAUCACUCAGGGGUGUGAAAAAUAUAGCGACAUAGUUAUACCGACCUAACCACCUGUGUUGACAACACAGUGUUGGUGGGAGAGCUUCUUCCAUCAAUGUAGCUACCACCUCUCAGGGAGAGAACAAGAGAGUUCUCUUCUGUCAGCUUACAGCAUCUUGAUUAAAGUGUUACAGCAGCGCAAGUGCACCAAUGCAGCAUUUUAAGUGUAGACGUGCCCUAAGGAGGUGACAGCAAGAAGUCUGGGGCUGUGAACUUUGCCAGUCUGUCCUUUGGUCCCUGGACUAGAGCCCAGUGGAGUAGGAGGGCUGGGUUUCCCUAGUAGCCACUGGUAAGGUGGUGUGAAGCCCUAAGAAGGGGCCAGGGAUGAUGGAAAGCCCUGAAAGAAAGGUGUGAGGACUACAGGAUUCUGAGGACUGAAGAUUUUUUUGUCAGCAUAUUUGAACUCGUAUUUGUUGGACGUUGUUACCCCAAAAGGGGUGAGACUAAACUGACCUGUACACCGGGGGAAUUCUGCACCUAAAAAUUCUGCAAAAUUCUGUAUAUUUUAUUUGUCAAAAUAACACAAUAUAAUCAUGCCCGUUCAA